AUGGGGGAACGGCGCCGUCAGGGGGUUCACCUUGAUCUUGCAGCUGAAACUCCUCUGCCGGAAAGCGAAGGGAACUCGCCAGUCAAGAGAGGCGCUGAUCCAGGGCAGGGAUCCUCCAAGAGAGUGGCCACCCAGAGUGGAGGAGAUGCUCCCAAGCAGGGGCAGGUGCUUGUGGACAUGGGCGACCUAGCUAAGCUUUUGGAGGAGACGGGGAACAAAAUUAUGCAGGCUCAACGCGAACAUCUGGAGGCCAGGAUGGGUGCUCUGGAGGACCUCACAGGGAAGAGGAUGGCUUCGGCAGAGACCCGGCUAGGCACAGUGGAGAGUAAAGUCGAUGCUUUGGAAAGCAAGCUGGAUGAACUCAACAAGAAGCUAGAGCAAGGGGACCGACGCGGCGGGGACAGUGAGCGACGGCUCACGCUCAUCUACGGCGGCUGGCCGAGAGACAGCCGUCGUCAGGACAUCUUAAAGCAGCUCCAGCGGGCACUUGAAAAGCUCCAGGUCUGGAAUCUCCUCGACUCCGAGCCGUUCACAACUGGCCCACGGCGCUCCACAGCUUUGAGUACAUUCACCCCGCGUGCUGGUGAAGGCACCUACGAGACCAGGCGCCGCAUGCACGAUAUCAUUCGGGCGGUUUCAGACAACAGCGUGCUCCUCCCUGGAGGGAAAAAGCUCUUCGCCACCUAUGCCAAAAGCAAGCCGGAGCGAGACAUCGCCUCCCACGCGGCGUGGGUGAAGAGGGCAGUGGCUGCCAUCGCUCCAAGUGAGGUUCAGCGCCUCGACAUGGAAUACUCGACGGGCGGGGUGUGGAUCGGACCCAGCUUUGUGGGCAGUGCCAAGCAGCCAUUGCCACCAGGGGUGGCGGCGGCAGAUGUGCUAUGGGAUGAGACCAAAGGAGGCAAGCACUGGAUCCACGUGGACGGCCUGGCGCGCGAGCUUGGGGUAUCCUUUCCGCUGUAUAGCUGGAACGCGGGUGGUGUGGCGGAGAACAACUAUGCCAGGGCCAUCUCUGACCUUGUGGAAAGAAUCCCAGUGGAUGCAUUAAUUCUUGUGCAAGAAGUUGCUCGCCAGGAAGCAGGCUGGCAGCGAACUACCUUGGAGCAGUGGCAAAGCCUCCAGCAUCGGGAAGCAGAUGCAUGGCGGGACACCGGACUGAUCUACCGACCGACGCAGUGGCGCGUGAUGCGCCGAAAAGUCACACCGAGGGGGACGUGGUUUAGACUAAGGCACAUCACAGGCACGGAACUGUGGGUUGGCACGGCUCAUUUCACGCCUGGUACCUCACAGAUUGUGCACGCUGAACAGGUUAGCGCACACUUGCAAGGCCUACCACCUACGCAGCUGCCAGUACUGUUGGGAUGCGAUGUUAACUCUGUGAUGUCCUGGGCUAGUGAUGAACAAGGGGAAGGUGUACCGGCAGCAAAGAAUGGCAAGACCUUUGAGUUCUUGUCGCAGUGCAGAAGCAGAGGGUUGACAGCUAUCGCACCGCCUGCUCAGGACUUCGAGACCCCCACCAGCUGCCCCCGCCAGGAUCGACGCGCGGGCAAGCAGAUUGACGCGAUUCUGGGGGCAAGAGUCAGGACAGGACCGCUGCUCAUACACCAGGGGUCUCAUAAAGCUUUGGGGACGGAUCACGAGUUGCUAGAGGUACGUGCAGCCAUCACGGAGGGUCACAAAGGGCGCCCGUAUCAGACAUCGCCGAAAAUUUGGAUUGGGGGUAUUACCUCGGUUCCACAAGUUCUGGACCAGCCCGCGCUCACUGCCUUGGCAGCGAAGUGCACACGCACCAAGCCUGGGACUGCCUACAAGGACCCUCCUGAGGUGCAAGAUGCCUUUCACAGGGCCCGCGAUACAGGGGUUGGGGCGGAUUGGACGGCAGCGCGGAAGCAGAGGAAGCAGGUCCGUGCGAGCUGGGAACGGGAGAGAUUAGAAAGGGCCACUUCAGGGGAUUGGGCGGCAUACAGACAGCUUCGGAAGACAAACAACGAGGGAUGGGAUAUGGUAUUCGCUGAAGCCCAUGAGGGAAAGGACCCGCACCAGGUGAUACACGACCAUUUAGCAGGGAUCUAUUCAACGGGACAGGUUGUUCCUCCACUGGGCCCUUGGGAAGGCGACUUACAGGAGUUCACCAUGGAAGAGCUUGAACAAGCAGUCGCACUUGGGAAGAAGGGCAAAGCAAUUGGGGUGGAUGGUACUAGUCAAGAAUUCUUGGCCGGCCUGGUUCAGGUGCCAGGGGGCAAGGAGGAGCGUCGCAGUGCUCCGGGGAAGAUUGAUUUACACAAAGCAUAUGACAUGGUGGACCGGCCAGCACUCCUGACCCGACUCAAAGCUUCCUUAGGCAGCAUUGAGAGCCCGGCACUUUUCAGCUACCUGGCCGAACAGAUCCUGGAGGAGACACGAGCAGAGUUUGAGUGGACGAAGCGAGGGCAGGCAUUCCAGGGUCUAGAACUUGAGGAAGUGCUCUUCAUGGAUGAUGGUGUGGUUUGGGCAGACUCGGCCAAAGCACUAGGGCGGAAGCUAGAGGAGUGGUCGCAAGUCUUGUUGCGAGCAGGGCUGUCGUUGAAUCCUGCCAAAUGCAAGGUGUACCUCUCCCCCUAUGCGACAGGCCCCAAGGAGGUGCGCGUGGCUGGGACGGUGAUUCCACAGGUUCCGACACUUGCCAUCAUGGGAGUUCCCUUCCGGGUUGGUGCGAGCUCGGCUGAACUCUUGGCCCCGUUUCUACAGCGGACAAAGGACAAGUUCUGGGCACUCAAACACCUCCUACGAGCCUCCACACCACUGCAAGGUCGAGUCCAACUCUUAGAUCGUGUGGUAGGCGUUGGUCUUCCUGUUGGCUACAACGAUGGUGGGCCUUUGCAGGCCACAGGGCUAGAGCAGGGGACAGGGAAUUUCCAGGUGCAGCUUUUCAUACCGUACUCGGGAAUGGUGGACAGUUGA